GGAGCUCAGGUCACGUGGUUCCUGUGGCUCUGCGGCUCCGUUAGAAAGUCGCGGGUUUUGGCUUACCUGCCAACGGGAUUCUACCGGAGUGCCGCUGAGCAAACAGCUCGGGGCUCCUGGACCGUGACUACAGAGCAGGUGAGAUGUGAGGCAAUGCUCCCUCAGCCACCAUGCCCAGUGUCACGCUGCGGUACUUCUGUUAUGGUUGCCUUGUUACCUCGGCAACCUGGUCCAUCCUCCUCUUCCUCUACUUCUCUCUGGGGUCAGAGCCUGGCAGGAUCCCAGUGCCGCACCACAACCAGCCAAUCAGCAAUGGCCUCAGUAAGGGGCGUCACCCUCCAUCAGCCAAUAAGGGGGUGGAGCUGUCGCCAGAGAUGGGGAUGAUCUUUAACGAAGCGGACCAGGAGGUCAGGGAUUCUGGCUACCAUCGACACGCCUUUAACGUCCUGAUCUCCAACAGGUUGGGCUACCACAGGGACCUGCCUGAUACUAGAGACCACCAGUGUCGUCAGAGGUCCUAUCCUCUGGCUCUGCCCUCUGCCAGCGUAGUGAUCUGCUUCUUCAAUGAGGCGUUGUCUGCCUUGCUCAGGACCGUCCACAGCGUGCUGGACCGGACUCCGGCCUACUUGCUUCACGAGAUCAUCCUGGUAGAUGACCACAGCGAGCUUGAGGAGCUGAAGGAAGACCUGGACCGGUACGUCAGGGAGGAGCUUCAGACCAAGGUCAAAUUGGUGAGGAACCAGAAGAGAGAAGGGCUUAUCCGAGGACGCAUGAUAGGAGCCUCUCAUGCCACAGGUGAGGUGCUAGUCUUCUUGGAUAGCCACUGUGAGGUGAACCAGGCCUGGCUGCAGCCUCUGCUGGCUCCGAUACUGAAGGACCACCGUACUGUCGUCUGCCCCGUCAUCGACAUCAUUUCUGCCGACACACUGGCCUACUCCCCCUCCCCCAUCGUCAGAGGGGGCUUCAACUGGGGGUUACACUUCAAAUGGGACCCCGUCCCAUCCUCGGACCUCAACGGGCCGCAGGGACCCUCUGGACCAAUCAGGUCUCCCACCAUGGCUGGUGGAUUAUUUGCGAUGAACAGGAAGUUUUUUGACGAGCUCGGCCAAUACGAUGCUGGGAUGGACAUCUGGGGAGGAGAGAACCUGGAGAUCUCCUUCAGAAUCUGGAUGUGUGGGGGUCAGCUUCUCAUCAUUCCGUGUUCCAGAGUCGGCCACAUCUUCAGAAAGCGCCGUCCGUACGGAUCUCCAGGCGGGCAGGACACCAUGGCCCACAACUCUCUGCGCCUGGCACAUGUGUGGAUGGAUGAGUACAAGGAACAGUACCUGUCCCUGCGCCCAGAGCUCCGUGACCGUGGUUACGGGGACAUCAGUGACCGCGUGGCGCUGAGGAAGCGUCUACAGUGUCAUUCCUUCCGAUGGUAUCUGGACACGGUGUACCCCGAGAUGCAGGCUGUCGCUAACGGCAACAAGCAGCAUCCUCUUUUCAUCAACAGGGGCCUGAAACGGCCCAAAGUCUUACAGCGAGGAAGGCUUCAUAACCUAGCAACAGGGCGUUGUCUAGUGGCCCAGGGUCGCGUGAGCCAGAAAGGAGGGGCAGUUAUCCUGAGACCAUGUGACCCCCAAGACCCAGAGCAGGAUUGGGCUUACGAUGAGGACGGCCAGCUCGUCCUCGCAGGUCUGCUCUGUCUGGACGUCUCAGAGGUCAGGACCUCAGAACCCCCCAGACUGAUGAAGUGUCACGGCUCAGGGGGGUCACAGCAGUGGAGCCUGGGGAAGUCCAACCGUCUCUACCAGGUCUCAGUGGGUCAGUGUCUCACCAUCUCCCAGCCAAUUGGACAAAAGGGUUACGUCUCCAUGGCGAUAUGCGACGGAUCUCGGACACAGCAGUGGCAGCUGGAGGGCUGAGGACGAGGCUGAUGAUGGACGGAUGGAGACGGGGAUGUCUCCUAAGGACAAUCAGGAGGACCAUGUUUUAGUGUGAUUAGAUUCUGUUGGGUCUUUUUAUCGAAGACGAGACACGGACGGUCUCUGGCUGGAAGACGGAUGUUUGUGUGAGGUUUUAACUGAAACUACUUGUUUCAAAAGAACAUGGGGACAUGUGAUGUAACAUAUCUGCUAGCCGUAAACAGAUUUUAAUAAAGCUCAAUGUGUCUUCAAUAAAUCACUUUUACAAGA